AUGGACAUGAAGGCCGCGGCUCUGCUUCUCCUCUUCGUGCAGGUGGCCGGCAAGCUGGGGGACACCGUCCGGAAGGCGUCAGAGCCGGAAUCCGCGGACUCCGAUUCCCAUGUGGUGGUGCAACUGCAGCGCGUGGAGGGCGCGAAGGGGUCCCACUUCUACGUGGGAAACCUGAAGGUGGGCGACCCGGGCCAAGACUUCCAGAUGCUCUUCGAUACUGCCUCGGGCCAUGUGAUGGUGCCCCACGCGGCCUGCAAGAGCCCCGCCUGUCUGAAGCACCGCCGCUUCGUCCCUUGGCACUCCUCCACCGCCGUGGAUGUGAACGCCAACGGCUCCGCGGUGGCGCAGCACCAGAGGCUGGUGAAGGGAAAGGCGCUGCGGGACGCGGUGGCGGUGGAGUUCACCCAGGCGGACCUCGGGGAGGGCGUGGCCAACGCGGUGCUUGUGAGGGACGAGGUGUGCCUCGGCACCGAGGUCAGCGGUAAGGUAUGCGCCCAAGUCGACCUCAUGACCGCCAUCAAGCUGGAGGCCGAGCUCUUCAAUGACAUGCCCUACGACGGCAUGUUGGGCCUCAGCAUGGCCGGGCUGUCGAGCGGAGCCCACAGCGUCUUCUUCGCGCAGCUUAUGAGGAGCAACCCCCUGGUGCCGCAUUCCGGCCUGGCUCCCAACUUGGCGCCGCCCAGUCCGCUCUACCGGGCCUCCACCUUGGGCGCGUCCAAGCGUGAGGCUGAUCCCCUGGGGACGGCUUCUGGGAGGUCAGCGUGCGCGGGGUGCGCUUGGGGAACCUGA